AUGGUUUAUUAUUCAUAUUUAGGUCCAAUUGAUGGUUCUAAAGAAUAUUUAAAAUAUGUAUGGUACUAUCAACGAUAUCAACCUAAAUAUCAAAUAUCAAAUAAUCGAACAAUUCUCUUAAGUAAUAUUACUGAACAAAUGCAAGGUAAAUAUAUAUGUAUUGGUGAUGAUGGCAAUGAAAAGUUAGAAUUUGAAAUGACAUUACAUAUAUUAAACCAAAAUAAAACAAAGAAUAAUAAUUCAUUUCAUAUUAUCAUUAUAUUAAUUCUUAUUAUUUGUCUUGUCUUAUUCUGUUUUAUAAUAUCUCUUAUAAUAUAUUUUUUAUUAAAAAUAAAAUCUUCUCAAAUUUCUUCAUCUACGAAUUAUUCCAUACAAAAAGAAAAUUCUUUAAUUAUACAUCAUGAUGUUAUGGUUACAAUUCAACAUUCAACUGAACAUCAAUUAAUAAAUUCUCUAUGGAAUCAACCACCAUAUCAUACACUUGAUUACAUUGAUGAACAACCAACACAUCAUAUACCAUCAAAUGAUAUUUCAUCAAAUCAAUUAAUACAAACACCAUCAUGGAUAUGGAAUAAACAAUUUAUUUCAAACAUAAAACAACAACAAAAAAUACCACAUCGAUUUUCUACACGUCAUAGAAAUUUAAAUGGACAACCACCAACACAAUUAUCUGUUAAUAUACCAUUAAUAAAAUCUAAUAGUGAUAUAACAUCACCAUUAUUAGUUAAAUAUCAUCAAAUAUCUCAUUCAAUAAAUAAUAGUAUUAAUGAACAACAUAAUGAUAUUGAAAUACUUAAAAUAUCUGUACCAUUAUUAAAUCAAUAUCCAUUAAUAAAAUCAACAAAUUCAAUGAUUUCAUUUGAUAGUCAAUAUGAACUCGAGGAAUUUAAUCGAAUGACUUAUGUGUGUAUGGAUAAUGAAACAGUUUUUAUUGAUAGACAAUCAUAG